GUCCAGUAGAUCUUCUAAAAAUGCCGCCACAGACGAAGGACGAAGAGAUUUCCCAGAGGGAAGUCCAAAUUCCGGACUGGGUAAAACCGGAAGCAUUUCAGGAUCUACUUAAAAAUGAAGUCAAGGAUUACAAAGAAACUAAGGCUCUGAGAGCCAAAGCAGGAGUCGCUGCUGGCGAGAACUAUGCCACCAUAAUGCUCAGAGUAGAACUGGAUGUUGAGACGAAAGACAAGUCGAAAGUUACCAAAGCAUUCAUGUUGAAAACACCCCACAAUUCUGAGGCUUAUCGCAGACUUCUUGAUAAAACAAACAUCUUUGAUGUGGAGCGUGGAAUGUAUCUGGAAGUGGUUCCUGAAUUGGAGCAACUUUAUCGCGAUGUGGGCUUGGAGGUUAAGUUUGGAGCAGAAGCCUACGAGAUAAAAACCAACGAAAACUAUGUCCUGCUGGAGGACCUCAGGCCUCGUGGAUUCAAAAAUUCUGAUCGGCUCCAAGGAUUAGACCAGGUUCAUACAGAAAACGUGCUAAGGAAAUUCGCUCAAUGGCAUGCGGCUUCCGCAGUUCGCGUCGACCUCAAAGGACCCUACAACGAAAAGUAUACAGAAGGUCUUUUUAAAUCGGAUGCAAUUUUGGAUGCUUUUUGCAUUCGCAGUGCUAAAAACUUGAUACAAAAUAUCGAUCAGAUCAAAGGACAUGAGGCUUACAUUAAGGAUUUGCACAGCGUCUCAGAAAAGUUAUUUGAUGUGGUGAAUGAUAUGAGAGUACCAAAAUCCGACGAAUUCAAUGCCCUGAACCACGGCGAUGGCUGGUCUAAUAACAUUAUGUUCCAGUACAACGACAAGAACGAGAUAUUAAAUACUUAUUUCGUUGACCUGCAAAUCCCCAAAUGGGGAACAGUUGCUCAGGACCUGUAUUACUUUUUGAUUUCGUCAACUAGCCUAGACAUCAAAACAGUGAAGUUCGAUUACUUCAUUUGGUUCUACUACUCGGAACUGGUCAAGCAUCUAAAAAUUUUGAAUUAUUCAAAGACAUUGCCUACCUUAAGGAAUAUUCGCGAUGCCCUUAACAAAUAUAGUGGAUGGGCCUUCAUCUGCUCUGCAUGCGUAAUGGGAUACGUGCUUCUAGAUCCCACAGAAGAAGCUGACUUCGAUAAAAUUAUUUCAACGGAAGACUCAAGCUUUACAAAUGCAAUUUAUACUAACCCCAGAUACCGCAGGCAUAUGGAAGUCUUAUUACCAUGGCUGCAGCACCAAGGGGCCCUAGAGUAGAUUGAAAAUGUUGCCUACAAAUACAAUACAAAUUUACAAAUGAAUUGUCUUCAAGAAAUUAAGAAAUCAACUUUAUUCGCACAAAGAGCAUUUAAUAAAUUUUCCCUUUUAAAA